AUGCCCAAAGGCAGCCCAGCUUCAACGUCCCCGCCCCCAAUCGCAUGCAUGCGGUGCCGUCGUCGCAAAAAGAAGUGCGACCGCCACCUCCCCAAGUGCGGUGAAUGUCGACGGUCGUCGGCAGAAUGCGUCCGCUUUCAGGAGAGGAAGCCUCGAGAUGUCGCAACCGUUCCUUGGUGCUAUGUCCAAGAUCUAGAGUCGCGGCUUGUGCAGGUUGAGAAAGAGCUAGCUUUCUGCAAGGAAAGGCUUGCUCGGGUACACCGUCACGGCUCGCAGGUUGUCGGCGAAGAUGAGCAGCCUCCGGCCAGUAACGGAGUCGUCAUAGCCAGCCCAAUGGAGGAUAUCCCACCAGAAGAUGCGCUAUCGUCACCGGCCGAACAUCAACCUCACGAUCUAGGACAUCUUAAGGCGAAUGAUCUCAGCAACUACUUCCAAUACGUCCAUCCAAGCUGGCCAUUUCUUGACCAGAUCCAACUCAGCCAGUGGUUCCACGACUAUACUUCCCGAGGCAUUUCACUGGAGGACUAUCAGCUCUACUUUAUCCACCUUGUAUGCGCCAUCGGUGCCUGCUACUCCAGCCCUUCGGAUCGACAGUGUCCACAUGUCAGCAGGUCCAGAGAGCUAUACACAGAUGCUCUGCAUAUCUAUCUCGCCGAUGCCGUCUCCGAGGAGCACAAAUUCCGGACCAAAGCUUAUCUUCUGUUGAUCGUCUAUGCUUUCCAUUGUCCUACGCCCUUUCAGCUGCAUGAUACUACAAAUGAAGCGAUUCUAGAGAUCACGGAGCGGUUGUCUACCUUCCAGAUACCUUCUACGUUUCUUCCUUUGGACUUUGACGACAUUGACGAGGCGACUGUUGCUGAAGACAAGGACAACAGGGUCUUGCUGAUUUAUUGCUAUACUGCGUUUGAGAUAAUUGCUUCUCUUUGGAACCGAUCGUUUCAAGUACUUGUCGGUUCAUUGGAUGACAAAAUUCUAGACCAAGGCAUCUGGCUCACCUUCGGGGGAGGCUCCAUGCCAGCAGACCUCGAGCAUAUGUUUGCCAUCCGACGCAUCCAAUCCAAGGUCCGAAGACUAUGGUCCCAGUUCACAGCCUUCCCAGAGCAGGAAGAAACCCGGAGGCGACAGACCGCAGAGAUCAGGGCAGAGCUCGAGCAAUGGAAGGCCAUGAUUCCUCUCGUGUCGAGCACAGUUGAUGGAUCCAUGAGUUAUCACCCUCUUGCCAUGCUUAAGACAUACGACUACAGCAUCUGCUCCCUCUACCAACACGAGACAGUUGUCCCCAGCAUCGAGGAUUACUCGAUCUUGUUAUCAGCCGCAAGUGAAAAUUCGCGGUGCUUCAGGAGGAUCCAGAAGUUUUUCAUGAUUUACUCGACUUGGGGUGGCCUGCUAGAACAAUUCAGUAUAGGAGUUAUUCUCCUGUCCUGUUUCUGGGGAACUCCUCUCCUGUGCCGGACAGCGGCAUUCCAAGCCCCAGAUGCAUUGCAGGCACUAGAAGACUGCCAGCAGACACUAACAGGAUUCGCGCAAAAGUGGGAGGCUGCAGAGAUCUACCUGGAAGCAUACACACUGUUGCUCUCUCACACUCCCAUAACUGCAUGUAAAGAUACUGUACCCUCGGAGGAUUUUCGGUCAAGAAUGGAAAGCAUCAUAUGCGAACUGGAGAAUAGGGGCGUCACGAUGGCUAUCUUGACAUUGAUGAGGAGGAUGUUGAGCCUGUCCGAGGAAAGUACAGAUUUUCUCUUGUAA